UGUAUCGGUAAGUCCAGCCCCCCUACACUCAUCUUGCUGACGCGUGCUUUCUCCUCCGAUGGUCAAUCUUGAGGUGCCGCCCGCCCGUCUCACUCAGUGCCUUCAAGUCGAGCCCUCGCGCAGCGCAGGCACAGCGGGGGCGAGACCUGGUUUGGGAAUUCGGAGCUCCAGAUAAACUCCCAGCUUUCAACGCUCGCCAAUUUUGUCUGACCGGGGGAAACAUUGCUUUUUAUUUAUUUUACGAACCUCGUGAAACUGAAAAGAAUAAGUUAACAAUGCAUAUAUCGCCAUGCCUCCAAGCUUGACUAGUUGACUGGUUCCAGCCGCUUGAAAAAGUGAUUAAAUAAAAGGACUUCAGGUGCAUUUCUCGAGUAGAUCUGUAGAUGACGACAACACAGUGCCGGCAAUUACGAAGUCGUUUUAUACUUCCUAGGAAAGUAGAGAAGAUUUCGUUUCGAUGGUUCGGGUCAAAUUCCCCGAAAUUUUUCUCGUCCGUAUAAGAUUCCGAGGCCACUUUAGCUGCCUGCCGGCUGCCACUUUCCCCUAGCUCUGGUCAUCCGCGGCACUAGCUGGUUCGUCGGGAGGCGGAGCCCCGGGUUCUCCCCCCUAUUCAAUUGCAGGAUCCUUCGAGUAUGUUCUUAAUUCGGAUGAUUAAUUGAGCGGCUCUUCUUUCCAAUUCUUCGGGGGUGCUCUUCUGUUUGCAUGGAGAUUUCGGGUCGAUUGGCUUCUCCUCUUAGAGAAUACUGCAAUUCCUUUGAGCCACACCUUCAAGUUCAUCAUUCUCUGUCCUGACGCAACCAAAAGUACAAAAUUCAGUUACACAUAGAAAAAUGACUCAUAAUGUUGUUGAGGAUGGCAUAGAAGACUAUUCAGAUGCAGAAUCGCCAAUUUUGACUGAAUAUCACAUCACAGUCCCUACUCUUCAUGAUGGAUUAAUGCAAGGGGCGGACAAAAAUGAGGGACGGCUUCUGGAUUUCCUCAAAGCAACUCCUUCAGUGCAUUGGCUAAAGGGCAUCAACCUUUGUGCGCCACUCGAAAGAUUUCAGCUACCUUCGAUUGGCGUCCACCGCUAUCUCCAUGUCCACUUCAUCAGAAGAGUCAACUGGAGAUCACUCUUCACCAUCUGCAAGAACCAUCUGAAGCAUCCUCUGAACGUUGCUCUCCUCAUCUGGUUGCUCUGUGUCGCUGCCUCUGGUGCCAUGUUCGGACUGCUCCUGUUAGGACUUUUGAACAAGGCAUUCCCUUCCAAGGCCUUGAGAAACCACUGGAUAGAGAUCGACAACCAAAUCCUCAACGCCCUCUUCACGCUCAUGAGCAUAUACCAGCAUCCCAACCUCAUCCAUCACCUCGUUCUCCUCUGCCGCUGGCGGUCAGAGGAUGUGUUGGAACUACGGAAGGUUUACUGCAAGAAUGGCGCCCACCGUCCCAACGAGCGAGCACACAUAUCCUUUGUGGUAGCUCUCCUCCACAUCACUUGCAUUGCACAGUACAUGGAGUGUAGCCUGUACUGGGGUUACCAUAGCAAAUCACGCUCCGAGUUCGCGGAGAGCUUCUACUACACCCUUGGCGUUGUUGCGCCGGUCGUUGCCGGAGUUUACACGGUGUACAGCCCUCUAGGCCGGGAUGAUGAUGCCGCCUUAUGCGAAGAAACCAAGCAACCCUACACAGUUGAAGUCGAGUCGGACGAAAAGAGAACAGUGGUUGGCAACCCCAUGUGGGCUGGGGAACUGCUUGACUGCAGUGAGGACCCCGCGGCAUGCUACCUCUCGUUCUUGUGCACGUUCUGUGUGUUUGGCUGGAACAUGGAGCGGCUUGGGCUGGGCAACAUGUACCUGCACACCGUCAUGUUCUUGCUGCUGUGCGUCACACCGUUCUGGGUGUUCAACAUCACGGCGCUCAACAUCCAUGACUAUGUCCUCAGCGAUGCAUUCGGUACCGCGGGGAUUGUUCUGUGCUUCUUCGGGCUCCUGUACGGCGGUUUCUGGAGGAUCCAGAUGAGGAAGAAGUUCGGGCUGCCAAGAAGCAGGUGGUGCUGCGGCUCGGCGUCACUGACGGACUACGUGCAGUGGCUUUUCUGCUGGCCGUGCGCGCUUGCGCAGGAGGUGCGCACGGGGAACCUGUACUAUGUGGACGAAGGUGGCUUCUAUGGCAAACUGAUGGACGGUGCUGACCCAGAGAGUGGGCCGGGAUUGUCAGCUGCUACGGAUGCGCCAGUCUCCUUUGGUGUCAAACUCGCGGUGGACGGAGAGAUGAUACCACCCAUCCAACCGGUGGUAGAGUCUGGACGGCAUAGCUAGGCAAGGCGAUGAUGCACAAAUUGUUUGGAAAUGGCAGCAUCCAGCUCAAAAGUUAACCCACAGCUGUUGGAUGGUGAUUGAUGCAGUAUGGUAUGCGAAAGCUGACGAAUAGAUCUUCCUUUUUGCGAUCGAUGUCACCUUUUUAACAUUAUUAUGCUCUUGGUUUGUCGUGUUCUGUUUAGGCCGUUAGUCAUUAGUUAGUUCAACUGUAUAGUGUGGUAACAGUCUAACAGAUGUCAUCUUUUGGUGUUCCAUGUUAAAUCGCUAUGCACAGCCAGAAGUUCAGAACUGACUAAACAUCCUAUGAUACUGCAUGUGAUCAGAAAAACAAAUUAAUUUGCUGCA